AUGGCGGCAAUCAACACAAAGCUAUCUCUGGAAGACACCACUAAUGAGGAGAGUGAGGACGCCAAGACAAUUAGCAUUCAGAAGGAAGACGUGACCAUUACUCCAAAAAAAGAAAUUGAGAAAGAUCAUAAAGUUCAACGCAAGGAUGCUAAAUGCCCAAAGCAUACAUAUGACCACACAUUCGGCAUCGAAAAAGAGACAGCCGCAAGUACGAGUGAUAAAGUGACUGGUACCCACACCUACCCGCAGCCUGCCGCGGCUGAACUACGGUAUCUUCACGUGGGAGAUCACGUAGUGGUGUAUUCAGGACACGAAUCAGAAGACACCUACGGAUACACCCCCCCUGAGAACGUGAGCACCGGACACUCUAGGGAUUCACUCCCCGUUAACUACGAGAAACCGGAGGAUGUUCAGGAGUACAAAAUGUCUGAGAACAUAAUCAUGAGGCAAAGCGACUGGCUACCCUCCGGCAACUACGAGGAACCAGAAGAAGCUCAUGGGUACAAAGAGACUGAGAACAUGAGCAAAGUCCAAGGCGAAGGUACUUCCUCCUAUAACUACGAGGAACCAGAGGAUUUUCACGAAUACAAAGAGGCUGAGAACAUGAGCAAAGUCCAUGGCGAAGAUUCUCCCUCCGAGGAACCAGAAGAUGCUCACGAGUACAAAGAAGCUGAGAAUAUGAGAAGAGGGCACAGUGAGGAUUCUCCCUCCCAUUACUACGUGGAACCUGAAGAUCCUCACGAAUACAAAAUGCCUGAGAACGUGAACAUGAGAAACGAUAAAGAUUCUUCCUCCAAUGUCUACGAGGAAGCAGAGGAUGCCCAUGGGUACGACCCUGAAGGUGCCAGCUUUGUAUUCAAGGCUAGAGACCUGGAUGAAUGUAUCAAAAACCCAUGUCAACAUGGAACCUGUGUCAACCAAGAUGUUGGAUACAACUGCACCUGCUCACCUGGGUGGACUGGACAGAACUGUCAGGAAGACAUCAAUGAGUGUGCCACCCACCCAUGUCAACAUGGACGCUGUGAGAACCAAGAUGGCGGAUACAAAUGUACCUGCUCAGACGGGUGGACUGGAAAGAAUUGUCAUGAAGCCCGAAGAUGUAAGAGUGGGUGGACCGAAUAUAACAACAACUGCUACAAGUUGUUUAAAAACAUGGUAAACUGGCCCACCGCGAACAGCAAAUGCAAACAGCGUGGUGCUAACCUUGCUUUUGUUACAAGCGCUGAAGAGAACAAGUUUGUUGCACGUCUCAUCUCGGAUGCCCCUCCUCGGUAUAUUCGACAUCUCGUCUAUUUUGGACUGAAGCGUGAGGGUGGACGAUGGGAGUGGACGGAUGGUUCACCACUGUCCUACACAAACUGGGCUCCGGGUGAACCUGGCAAAAACAUCUGGGGCAAGACUGGGCAUUGUGGUAAUAUGUACUCCAAGGAAAGCAGCAAUAUCCUCCUCGGCGCAAAGGGGAAGAGAGGGCAGUGGAACGACCACAUAUGCAGCUGGAAGCUUCCCUACGUUUGCAAGACUCCAAAAUAG